UUCGGGUCCUGCCGGCCUGCGUGUCCGCGGGCGUAGUUCGAACCUGCCGCCCUCCCAGCCGCUCGGCCUUCCGUGUCGCGGGUUCGAGCCCCCGGUCGGCGUUAUUUUGGGUUCGCGUCGGUCAGCGCGAUGCUGUUCGACAAGGUGAAGGCCUUCGUGGUGCAGCUGGACGGGGCGCGCGCGGGCACCGAGCCCGUGUUCCACGGAGGCCAGGCCGUGGCGGGCCGGGUACUGCUGGAGCUGGCGGGGGCGGCGCGCGUGGGCGCGCUCAGGCUGCGCGCUCGGGGCCGCGCGCGCGCACACUGGACCGAGUCGCGCAGCGCGGGCUCCAGCACCGCGUAUACGCAGAGCUACAGCGAGCGCGUGGAAGUCGUGAACCACCGCGCCACGCUGCUCGCGCCAGACUCGGGGGACAUCGCCACUCUGCCCGCCGGACGUCACGAGUUUCCCUUCAGCUUCCAGCUGCCUCUCUCCCUAGUGACAUCCUUCGAGGGCAAACACGGCAGCGUCCGGUAUUCCAUCAAAGCCACCCUGCAUCGGCCCUGGGUCCCCGCACGCCGCGCCCGGAAGGUGUUCACUGUCAUUGAACCCGUGGACAUAAACACACCUGCCCUGCUGGAACCACAGGCUGGAGCCCGGGAGAAGGUGGCUCGAUCCUGGUACUGCAACCAUGGUCUUGUCACUCUCUCAGCCAAGAUCGACCGCAAGGGCUACACUCCGGGCGAGGUCAUCCCUAUCUUCGCGGAGAUUGACAAUGGAUCCACGCGACCUGUGCAGACCCGCGCCGCCCUGGUACAGACACAGACCUUCAUGGCCCGAGGUGCGCGCAAGCAGAAGCGUACUGUGGUGGCCAGUGUAGACGGGGAGCCCGUGGGCCCUGGUCGCCGUGCGCUGUGGCCCGGUCGCACGCUGCGCAUCCCCCCAGUGGGCCCGUCCAUCCUGCACUGCUGCGUGCUCAGUGUGGACUAUUCGCUCAAGGUCUGCGUGGACAUCCCAGGCUCCUCGAAGUUGCUGUUGGAGCUGCCACUGGUCAUCGGCACGGUCCCCUUGCACCCCCUGGGCAGUCGCUCAGCCAGCGUAGGCAGCCGCGCCAGCUUCCUGCAAAACUGGGGCCUGUGCACCCAGUUGGAGGCCCCAGAGGCACCCCCCGAGUACUCAGAGGUGGUGAGGGACAACCCGCUGCCAAUUGCCUCACCGGGGCCCUUACCCCUGCUGCGGGACCCGGAUGUGACCCAGGAAGGGCCCUAUUUUGCCUGUCUCCAUGAGUUCCGCUACCACCCACCUCCACUGUACUCUGAGGAGGAUCCUAACCCCCCCUCAGAGGCUGUGAGGCCACGCUGCAUGACCUGCUGAUGUGUGAGCGGACACCUCGGUACAAGGUUCACGUUUCUCUGGCCACUGCAGUCCAGCUGUCUGCUUUGGGAAAACAGGAGGCCGAGUGUCUUCUGCCAUCGCGCAGGACUGAGGAGCAGCGUGUGACUUCUGUGGACCGGGUCCUCCUGAGACUUCCAGUUCUCUGUGUUUGACCAGUGCUAGACCCUAGAGGGUUACAGUCUGGGAGAGAUGAAUCUGGGAGAAGCCAGAACCAGACGGGAGGCCAAAGGCCCGCAGAGGAAGUUUCAGCGAGGCUGUGGCGUUGAGGAGCUCAGCACGCAGACAGGACAGAGGAGAUGGUUGGAGCUCACAGUCCCACCGUCUGCAACCUAGGGGCGGGAGCCCAGGUGUGCAGGCAUCUUAAAUACGGCCACUCUGUAAGGUGAGCAGUCAUCGAGGCUCUGUGGGACUUGAGGGUCCAAGAUUGCCAGUUUCUGAGGACUGGUGGCCUGGUGAGUCCAGAGCCGCUCGCAUGAUCUGCCACGAGAAUCUCAGGCCUCGCUCAGGGCAGAAUCCAGACAAGGCCACAGCAGCCUGGCAGGUCACCAAAGGGGCAACAGGUGCCCGGGAGCAACUGGGAAAGCCCCUCUUCAUAGCCCUGCCAGGGACUUGCCAUGCCCACGUCUGAAGAACUCAUCACCCUUUGUAGAUUAAAAAUGAAUAAAUAAAAA